AUGUCAGCUUCCUCCUUUGCGCUGCGAGGGAUUUCAUUGUCCCGUCCCCUCCCCGUUCUCGGACCGGCCACAGCUCUGACCCCCUCCGGCCCCCAUGGGCCCCCACAGGCCCCCACCUUCAGGCCCUCACCUUCAGGCCCCCACAGGCCCCCACCUUCAGGCCCCCACCUUCAGGCCCCCACCUUCAGGCCCCCACCUUCAGGCCCCCACAAGCCCCCGCCUUCAGGCCCCCACCUUCAGGCCCUCACCUUCAGGCCCCCACCUUCAGGCCCUCACCUUCAGGCCCCCACCUUCAGGCCCCCGCCUUCAGGCCCUCACCUUCAGGCCCCCACCUUCAGGCCCCCGCCUUCAGGCCCCCACCUUCAGGCCCUCACCUUCAGGCCCACCUUCAGGCCCUCACCUUCAGGCCCUCACCUUCAGGCCCCCGCCUUCAGGCCCCCGCCUUCAGGCCCUCGCGUUCAGGCCCUCACCUUCAGGCCCCCACCUUCAGGCCCCCACAGGCCCUCGCCUUCAGGCCCUCGCCUUCAGGCCCCCACCUUCAGGCCCCCGCCUUCAGGCCCCCACAGGCCCCCACCUUCAGGCCCCCACAGGCCCUCACCUUCAGGCCCUCGCCUUCAGGCCCCCACCUUCAGGCCCCCACAGGCCCUAACCUUCAGGCCCCCGCCUUCAGGCCCCCACAGGCCCUAA